UCCCCUCCCGCCAGUUUGCUCGCUCCCGCGGAGGAUCAGCAGCGUCUGCCCUCAAGCGUGUGCGCGCGCCCGCAGUGAGACGACUUGCAGUGACCGGUUGCUCCCUGCUAAGAAACUUCCGACUGUGUCUUGACUUCAGCCUGAGCCAGUUGUCAUGGGAAAGGAGAAAGUCCACAUCAACAUUGUUGUGAUCGGCCAUGUGGACUCAGGAAAGUCCACUACCACGGGCCACCUCAUCUACAAGUGUGGUGGCAUCGACAAAAGGACCAUAGAGAAGUUUGAAAAGGAAGCUGCUGAGAUGGGGAAGGGAUCGUUUAAGUACGCCUGGGUGCUGGACAAAUUAAAGGCAGAGCGGGAGCGUGGCAUCACCAUUGACAUCUCUCUGUGGAAGUUUGAGACCACCAAGUAUUAUGUGACCAUCAUCGAUGCUCCAGGCCACAGGGACUUCAUCAAGAACAUGAUCACUGGGACCUCUCAGGCCGACUGUGCCGUGCUCAUUGUGGCCGCCGGUGUCGGCGAGUUUGAGGCCGGUAUUUCGAAGAACGGGCAGACACGUGAGCAUGCCCUGUUGGCCUACACUCUGGGUGUGAAGCAACUCAUUGUGGGCAUCAACAAGAUGGACUCCACUGAGCCAAACUACAGCCAGAAGCGCUACGAGGAAAUUGUGAAGGAAGUUAGCACCUACAUUAAGAAGAUUGGCUACAAUCCAGACACGGUUCCCUUUGUGCCCAUCUCUGGCUGGAAUGGUGACAACAUGCUUGACGCCAGCCCCAAUAUGCAAUGGUUUAAGGGGUGGAAGAUCAAUAGAAAGGAUGGCAAUGCAUCGGGGACCACACUGCUGGAAGCUUUAGACGCGAUUCAACCACCCACGCGGCCAACUGACAAACCUCUUCGUCUGCCCCUUCAGGAUGUCUACAAGAUUGGAGGUAUUGGAACCGUGCCUGUAGGCCGCGUGGAAACAGGCAUCCUAAAGCCUGGCAUGGUAGUGACUUUUGCCCCUGUCAACAUAACUACCGAGGUGAAAUCAGUGGAGAUGCACCAUGAAGCCCUGUCCGAGGCCCUGCCUGGUGACAAUGUGGGCUUCAACGUUAAAAACGUGUCAGUCAAGGACAUCCGUCGUGGAAACGUGGCUGGCGACAGCAAGACCGAUCCGCCGCAGGAAGCAGCCAGCUUCACUGCUCAGGUCAUCAUCCUGAACCACCCGGGCCAGAUCAGUGCCGGCUAUGCUCCUGUGCUGGACUGUCACACAGCUCACAUCGCCUGCAAGUUUGCUGAGCUCAAGGAGAAGAUUGACCGCCGCUCCGGCAAGAAAUUGGAGGACAACCCCAAAUCCCUGAAGUCCGGAGACGCUGCCAUCGUGGACAUGACUCCUGGCAAGCCCAUGUGUGUUGAAAGCUUCUCUGAGUAUCCUCCACUGGGUCGUUUCGCAGUGCGUGACAUGCGCCAGACAGUGGCUGUGGGCGUCAUCAAGGGUGUGGAGAAGAAGGCCUCCACCACUGGAAAAAUCACCAAAUCUGCCCAGAAGGCCCAGAGGAACAAAUGAAUGUUGUGCUUCGCUGCCGACCCCAGGGUCUCCCAGGGCAGGACAUCAGUCAUCCGACUCCAUCAUACGAUUGGCUGCUUCAACUUAAUAACCAAAGACUGGUUAAUCAUCACGAUGCAUCGCAAAACCAUCCGAAGAAAAGAAAAACAUUCAGAUCCUAUUCUAGUUGGAUUACCAUGACAUACAGUAUAAUGUAAUAUCACAUAGUUUUAAGUGUGCACUGUUGAUUUGAUUCAUGACAAAACCAUUCUGUGAUAGUGUACAAUUAGGGGUAUUCCAAUCUAGCACCUCUCUAUAGUUCUCAAAUACAGGUACUGGUGUGUUUACAUGAUGAAUGUUGUCUUUUAUUAGUGUCGCUUUUCUGUUUUUACAUGACGCUGCGCAUAAGCAGAUAAAGACUACUGUAUGUUUUUCUGAGCAGUAAGUAGACGAGUAGAACGUCAUGUUAUGUGUGGUUCAGCUUUAACAAAGCAUUUUAAACAAAUGGCAAAAUGUGUCCUUCCUAAGUGGCUCUAAAUAGGCCACCUAAUUCUUUAAGCACUUUCAUUGGCACUUUGCUAACUUUGCACUUGCUGUGGAGAUAAUUUAAAAAAAAUGGAUACGCAAAUGCACCUUACUGUAGAAUGGCACAAGCCGCUUUGCAACAUUAAACACGAUUCCACUCAA